UUUUUUUUCGCAAUUUGUAUUCGGCUUUGCAUUUUUUUUUUGCAACUAGCCGCUGAUGUUUUAUUCUAUAUGAAAGAUAUACUACCACGAAUAUUGAUCCUGUUUUGCUUGCUCAUAUUAGUUGGUCCCUGGCAUGUCUCCAGCCAUAGGACAUGCCAUCCUGGGAGAAACAAUCAUGGUGUUCCAUUCACAGGAUUCAAAAUUACACGACAGUAUAAAGUAACAGGAGGGAUCUUGCCGGUAUCCAUGCAUUUUCUAACCUUAUCCCAUUGUGAUCAUGGGCGGGUGGAUUAUCAAAAUACAAUAAGGACUGAUUGGCUGGGUUACGUUGAUUGGGAAAGGCCUUUUUGCAUGUUGAAGCCGAAGCUCGGGGAGAUGUUGACAUUGCCGGUCCAUGACACCGUCAGCGAACGGGGAAGACAGAUGCAGGAUAACAUUGAGUUGGAUACAUAUAGUGACAUUCCCGGGUUUUUCAAUGUCAAGAUGAGAAAAUUGAGGAAUCUACUUCGAAAGAAGGUGGACAUCAACAUGGAGAAAUUGACCAAUGGCAAGUUUGUGGAGUAUAGUGGCAAGAACAAGUUUUUUCAUCAUGAAGAUCUUCUUUCGAGUGAUCCACAAAGUUCACUUGAAUGGGAAUCUCGGAAUUUAGUUUGUUAUAAAAUGGCAAGAAGGAAGAAAUACGCCAAGAGACACAUUUCAUUUUAUGUUCCAUAUACAUUUGUCGGUGGACUCUUUGAAUGUUUUAUCCCCCCACAAAUCAAACGAGAAAUAUUCCAAAAAUAUACCCUGGCGGACCUUAUUCAACAGUUCGACUUCAAAUGCGAUCCCCAGCUUUCACGACCAAUCUCUCCAUUAAUAGCCGAGGAUUCAACCAAGAGAUGGGUUGAGAAUAAACUCUACAAUUUGCUUAAUCCAGGGAUAAUCCAAACCAUUCCAUACUUGACCACUCUGACGCCCAUGGAUCUUCGGUUUUCCAGCUUGGAAACGUCAGAUAUGUAUCGAGACACAUGGGCCACCAAAAUCGACGUCAAUGAAGACUACGUAUACCGAGAAGCAGAUUUACACAUCAUUUCUCAAGCAGUUGCAAAACUGGCUGAUUUGUUAAACAAGAUCAUUUCUCCCAUAGAUUUCAAUAUGCUUUUGAAAGCGUACAAUCGAGCCAAUGAGAGGGAACAUCCUGAUGCUAAAAGUGUGUUAGAAUACGACCCUGAGGAAUUUGAAAUCAUGCUUAGCAAAGCUUCCUUUGAUCAGAAAGUGGGAUUUUGGUUGUCUUAUCUAGACGAAAAGGUGUCUUCUUGGUACUUGCGAAAAAUCGAACACUUCUGGGACAAGAUUAAUUGA